CAGAUAGAACUAGAACUAGAACCAGCAUCAGAAUCAGAACCUGAGGAGACAGACCCUGAACCUGAACAUGAGGAGAUAGAACUAGAACCUGAGGAGAUAGAAAAGAACCUGAACCUGAGGAGACAGAACCUGAACCUGAAGAGAUAGAACUAGAACCUGAACCUGAGGAGAUAGAUAUAGAACGAGAACUUGAACCAGCAUCAGAAUCAGAACCUGAGGAGACAGACCCUGAACCUGAACAUGAGGAGAUAGAACUAGAACCUGAACCUGAGGAGACAGACCCUGAACCUGAGGAGAUAGAACCUGAACCUGAACUUGAGGAGACAGAACCUGAACCUGAACCUGAACCUGACAGAAAGGAUGAAGGUGUAUUUCUGCGGGAGCAUCCGCGGCGGCAGAGAGGACGUCGUCAUUUACCAGAAGAUCGUGAAGAAGCUUCAGAGCUACGGCAGCGUGUUGACGGAACACGUGAGCAGUGCAGAGCUCACACACAGAGGAGAGGACGCCUCAGACGCAGCUGACAGGUUCAUCCAUGACCGAGACGUGGACUGGCUGCGACAGUCUGACGCGGUGGUGGCUGAGGUCACGCAGCCGUCCCUCGGCGUCGGUUAUGAGCUCGGCCGCGUCGUCGACAUGAAGAAGAAAACCCUGUGUCUGUUCAGGCCGGCAUCGGGACGCGUUCUGUCGGCCAUGAUCCGUGGAGCUCACGAUGGCGAACUCUUCGUGGUCAAAGACUACAGCGAGGACGACAUGGAGGACGUCGUGGAUGAGUUCUUUGCAGUCAUGAAGCAGACAUGAAGACGCCAAAACACUGUCACUGCUAAAAUGAUCAAUAAAGUUGAUUCAAACACA